GGAAAUACACAACUUUUACUAACCUUAAUCAUGAUUGAAGAAAACGGAAUUGUUUCUAGAUCUAACCCUACUUUAAAGAAAAAGUCAUUGUUAGCAAAUUAUGGAAUCCCUAUUGAUAACUUGAGCUAUGAAUAUAUUGGUGCUUGUAAGGACGUCAAAGAACUUGAACGAAUUGUAAAAAUAUUAAGGUCUGGUGAAGAAGGUUACUACCCUGAUCUGCAAAAGACAGCAGAAGAAAGGUUGCAAACUCUAAGUCCAAACAAUCGACAUUUGCGCAUCACAGAGCCAGCUCUAAUCAACCAUAAUUUCUCUACUGAAGAAUGGAAUACUAUCACAAGUGAUGUCUCGAACUGGAAAAGAGACAUAUCUGUUAGGGAUCUUCGACUCACUGAAGAAAACAACAAUAAUAAUAGUGUUGGUGGAAUUGAUGCCCCACCAAUAAGGCAACCUCCUAAUGGAAAAAGUAACAUGGCAAAGACAGCGAAUAAACAGACAGCCAAACCCCAAAUCACGGAUUACAACACAUGGGAUAAAUAUGAUGCUGAUACCGAAAUUGUAAAGAUGGAUUUGGAGGUUCAACAAGAUAUUGGGAAAGAAAAAGAAGUGAAAAGGUUAAAAGAGGUGGAAAAUGAGAGGCUUCAGCUGAUUGUUAAAGAAGCAGAAAAACUGUCAGAGACAGAAAAAAAAGCACUUGCCGAAAAAGAAAAGGACCGCGGAAACGAAUACUAUGGAGCAAAAGAAUACAUCGAAGCAGAAAAAUAUUACUCCGCGUCAAUAGCAAUAUGGCCAACAGCUAAGGCUUUCAACAAUAGAGCAGCAUGCUAUCUAAAGCAGUGCAAGUACGCUGCGGCACUCUCUGAUGCCAAUAGCACUCUCGCUCUGGAGCCUGACAAUGUUAAAGCUCUCUUCAGAAGAGGGGUUGCGCUUCAACAUCAGAACAAAUUCAGAGAGGCUCUCGCGGAUAUGGCGGCCAUAUUGAAGCAGGAGCCGAAGCACCUAGUUACUCAACACAUUGCUAAAGAAUUGAGGGAGCAAAUCUUAACUCUGCCACGACCUGUCAGAAUGAUGACAGACGAGGGUCUCGGUAAGCCAAAGAGAGUAGUUGAGAUGGACUCCCGAGAGUUGCGCCACAACUCUAGCUACAACUACGGAAGCUGCUACGAGGUCAAUGAGUGGGGGUUGCCUAAAAUUGUGUGUCAAUGCAACGGAGCUCCACGCUUUCUUCAGCUUAACAAUAGGCCGUCCAGAUCUUUGCCUAAUAGGAACGAUUUUCUAUCCAACUACCCACCGUCCAACUCUAGGAUUGUAGAAAUUUCCAACGAGCCCGCCGAGUCGCAGCAACUGAUAUUAAAUAACUCUACUAAGUUGGAGAUCAUUGAAGUUGAAAAGCUGGAAAAUGAACCAGUGGAAGAGUUCUUCAUGCCCAAAAAGUGUAAUAUAGUCGAUAGAAGGACUCAAAAACAUAACUCCGAGUUGAAUUUAAAAACAGUGGAUGUGAAUGGUGAUUGUCGAGUACCAAAUCUGAUGAUCGGGGACUCUAGUAUGGACGAUGAGUUUGAGAACAUGUGUCCACUUUUGGAAGACGUGGAACCAAAGGCUUGAGGCUAGAUGUCUUAGAACUUCUUACGGAUUGUUUAUUGUCAUUUAUACUGUGUAAAAUAUUUUUAAGACACUAUUAUACCUAUCUAACAGUUUUUCACAAUACUUAAAUUCUUUAGGUCAUUUAAAUUUUCCAUGUUUUUAUAGAGAAUCGUUAAAUUAUAUUAAAAUUUAUGCGGUUAGAAUAUACACAAGGCAUUUAGGAGGAAAGUAAUUUUACUUAACAACUUCAAUUUUAUGGCCAGUUAAAAUAUCGUUCAAGAGUUUGUUUACUAGCUUGGAAACCCUGAAACAGUUUUGAAAGGUGUGCCUCUUUUACAGAAAAACCAUAGUAUAUUUUAUUCAAUAAGUCAUAGUCUGAAACAGCUUAAGAGUGUAAACUUCUCAAUUUAUUAUACCAUUGUCGUUAGAGGAAAUCUCAUAUUAUCUUUUAGGAACUUUUAUCCUUUAUUUCACGUAAAGUAGAAUCCUAGAUUUUAAGGGCAUUCAAAUAAUUACUUAGCAGUUGCCUUGUUAUUUCUUUUCUGGUUCUACUAUAAUUUUUUCUCUGAUCCUGCUAAAUUAUAUUUGGAUUAUAGUCAUAAUAGCUUUUUAGCGUUGAUAUUAUACCAUUGUGCUAUUUCAGGGCUAACUAAAACAAGCAAGACGGCAUAAAUACAGAUUAUAAGCUAUUCCUAUUCCUGGGUCAAUGUGCCUUUUUCAAGUGGUGUUGCUACUCACAUUUUAAUCUUUAAAUCUCUAUAGCCAUCAGCAUAUUUGAAUAACUAACAGAACUAUCAUGGGUUAUCGUGUUUAUAUUAUUUCUAUAUAAAGAUAAAUAGACAUUUUUCACUCAUUGAUACAAGCAGUUGGGUAUAUAGGGUGUUGCUGAUUUCUUGGACCGGUUAAAUUCCUCUAAAAACUUUCAAUUUAUUUACAAAAAAGACUCCUUUUGUCAGAAAUUAAGCUUUGAUUAAAAUUUAACUGUGAAUAUACUCUGUUUUAUUUGAAUGUUGGCAAAGGUGAAGUAAUAUAAUUACAAAUUUCAGUUUGUUAUGCCGUGAUCAGUUUCAAUCUUAGACUCAUUCUAUACGGACGUGAAACACACGAUGGGAUUACCAUGUCGGGGCCACGCGCUUGACAGGAACCGUUGCGUGAAAUUGGCGUAUCUACAUGAAGGAUUUACGACGGGGAUGGACGUAGCACUAGGCGGGGAAGCUGGUUUGACGUUGACGUCCGUGUCAGGAAUCGCGCCCAGCCAUUCUACACGUAGCAGUGUCACUGCGCGUGGCACCUCACUUCACAUCUGUUGUGUUAGGUUCAACGAUUUAACACGGUGCGGUGUUGAGAAGUAUUACAAAAAAAACUGGAUGGAACUGUGGAAAGUAUAACAAAACUGGAAAAAGCUUUUCUGAAUACCUGGGUACAUCCGAUGGUCUUAAACAUGAUAUGGAAUGUCCCUCUGAUCAACCAGUUUGAUAACGUCAACGUUGGAUGUGUCCACAAUUGUCUCUUCUUAUGUUUCUUUCUUAUCAGUUUAAAUAGCUGUUGUUGUCCAACCGAGUUCCUCUGUGUCCUUCCCGCGUCUGAACCGCCUCUUGUAGAAUGGCCCGACGGGUUUCACGCUGACUCCACGUUACAGGGAUUCCGUAGCUUCAACACAAUGUUGGCAUGGUCAUGUCACAUGCCCCGCAGUGGGAUUCACGUUUGCGUAGAAUGAACCUUAGUAAUGACUACAGCUGUUUCAAGUUACAACAAUACUUCAGGCCACUUGUGCAUAUUCCUAUACUUAUUUACUGUGAAUAUCUGAAUAGAUCUAAAAUCAUAUAAGUAGGUAGUUGUGCUACGCCAAUAUAAAACCGUUAUUUCUAUUGAUUUAGAAAUUUUAUGUUUAAGUAUCAGGUAUACUGUACUAUUUAUUUCUAUUACAUUUUUUCCCCAGUUAUUGUUGCUAUUUUUUCCAAAGAUUUUACUUUAGUGGUUUUGUAAUUUUUUUUAUUGUACUCUAAGACGCACUUUUGUUUGUCUCACACCCAAAAGCUACAUAAUGGACUGAGGUUUAAGGCUAUUCCUCUAUUUAAUAUAACUGUUUGCAUGGUUGGUUGAUUUUAUACAAAAAAAUGUCUCUGUUUUAUUUACAACAUGCUAUUUUUAUAAUUUAUUUUAAAAAGAGUAUUCUCUAUAAGUUUUUAACAAAAUAGUUUUUACCAGAAAAAUGUCUCUGUUUUAUUUACAACAUGCUAUUUUUAUAAUUUAUUUUAAAAGAGUACAGUAUUCUCUAUAUGUUUUUAACAAAAUAUUUUAAAAUAUUUUUUAGAUUCAUUUUUAAGCUAAUAGUUUUUACCAUUGUCAUCCAAGUACCUAUGAUAAAUUGAAAAUGUACUCAUUUGGGAUUAUGUGAAAUAAUUUGUCAGUUUUCAUCCAGUAAAAGGAUUGUCAAUAAUAAAAACAUAUUUAUGUUAUGCAAUUUCUUA